AGAAACGAAAACGUGUAGUGUUGAGAUUAUCCCAAAAAAUUGAAAUAAUUAACCGUCUAAGAAAUGGUGAAAGUGCUUCAAGUAUAGCUUUGGAUUAUGGAAUAGGAAGAUCAACAGUAAACGACAUAAAGCAUGAUGCAGACAAAAUUGAAAGCCAUGCAUCAGAAGUAGAACCCACUGACUGUUAUGUUAAAGAUCGUAAUAAGCUUCCUUUAGAUGAACAACUAGAUACUGCACUGUAUCGAUGGUUUUCUAAAAAACAAAACAAAGGCAUUCUUUUGUCAGGGCCCUUAGUAAUCAAGAAAGCCAUUGCAGUGAAUAAAAAGCUUGGUGGAGAUCCUUCAUUUACGGUUAGCAUUGAAUGGUUGGAGGAAUUUAAGAAACGUCAUGGCAUAGGAAAUUUGGUUGAGGGAGAUACACUCAAGCCACCUAAACCUGGUUAUCGUGGAAAAUUACAGGCUAAAAUAGAUGCUCUAAAUUGUGUUAGAGAUGAAGAGUACAACUUUGCAGAGGCUAUGAUUAGUUGGAAGAAACUUCCCCAAAAGACAUUGGCCUCAAUGACUGAACAUAGUGCAUUGGGAUAUGAGACGCAUAAAGAUUGCAUCAAUAUAAUGGUAUGUGCUAAUAUUGGCCAUAGCAUACAUUUCCUUUCUUAAUUUAGGAAUACCGUGAACCUAGAUCACUUAAAAUACUCGUUCUGAAAUUUGCUUUUUUAAUGUGUAUGAAAAAUAAUGUGUUGGGUGAGCCAAAUUAUAUAGUUUCAUUGUGCACUUUGUAAAAUAUUUUAAUACAUAGAACUAUGCAACUGAUGGACAUUGGGCAUUCUUUUUAAUAUUUGUUUGAAAGAGGAAAAUAUGCGAUCACUUUCUGCCAAGGAACGCAUCUCCCAUGGACUUAAUAACUUAAUAACCCUUGAUAGCUGAAAUAGUUAACAAUAGCUACAGUUUGCCAUUAAUACAGACUUCUAGAUUACUGUUGUAUGAAGUGGUCUAAUUUUUUUUAUUGAGAAUUUACAUUAGUUAUUUCUAUCAUUUGAGUGUAACACGUCAUAACUAUGGUAAAUAGCAGGGGUAGAGAAAUACAGGGGGCCGUACUGCCUGAAUAUUCAAAAGCAAUUUAUGGCAAAAAUAAAUAAUGCUGUAUACCGAGAAAUAUAAAUCUGGAUUGCGACCCCACCCCCCCCCAAAAUUAUUUGUAGGCUUUCAUUCCUCCAAAAAGAAACACUUAUCAAGUAAUUUUCAAAAUCAUUAGCAUUCUGGGUCUUCUAUCCACUAUCCACGUCUUAGGUUUAAAAUCUUAUUGACUAAAGAUCUCUAUGUUAUGCCCUAAAUUAUUCUUAAUUUUACUAUUAAAGUUGUGGCAUUGGUAUCUAUAUCAUAAGUUGGCACAAAUGUGAAAAGGCAAUUUAGUAUUCAAAAUCUAUAAUAGUCAAAGAGAAAUAUACAGCUGCUGUCCAAACCCUAUUCCCUAUAUCUUAAAAAACUUUUGUCCACAACUUUUACUAGUGGUCACUUAAAAAAACAUUACGUUUUGAUGUACAACACUUAUAUAACCUUAAGAUAUUUAUAAAUUGGAAAAUAUUUUCUACAAAAGUUAGAUCUUAGCAGUUAUUUUGAAUGGGCCUCAUUCAAAACCAAAUAGUUUUCAAACAUUGUGAAGUGUUCUUCCAGGUGGAAACAAUUUCAAUGGCAAAUUGUCAGGAUAUGGAUGCUAUGUUUUAGACACCAUGAAGACUUGAAAGAUUUUGAUUCAGAAAGAGAAACAACUGAAGUGAACAAAGAUCCUUGUUACUAUCAUUGAAGCAUUUAUUUUAUGUUAUCAUAUUCUACUUUAAUUUGUCAUGCUUUCAGUCGUGACCACCGACAAAUUAUAAUGCAAAAUAAUUAAGCUUUGUUUCAGAUGGUUGCAAGUAACAUUUAUUGGAAAUUGCCAUUUCAAAUUGUGCACAACAGAUCAUUUUACAUUCCUAAUAUGUUUUUUUAACACCCCUUAGUGUGAAAUUUAGAAAAUUAUUACUCUUUAUUACAGGGUAUAUUUAAGUGAAUUUUCUUACAUUUUUUAUAUAUUUUUUUGUUGUUUUUUUUUUCAGAUGGCUUCCAAAGGUGAUACUCCCACUACAGCAAUAAAAAAACACAUGAACAAUGGCACAGAUGAGCAAGAAGAAUUAGAGGUUUUAUCUUCAGGAAGUUUGUCAGAAAAAAGCAUGGCUCGGAAUGGUUCUGUUGCCAAAGAAGCCGAAGUUGAUUCAAAUGACUCAACUGAGCUUUUGAAUGGUGAUAAUGAGGAAGACAAUAAAAGUGUCAAUGGUAAAUUAUCUGACAAUGAAACAUUGAAGAGUCCUGAUGAAAGUAUCCAGAAAAAGAAAACUAGAAGUCCAAGUAAAGAAAACAAAGCUUUUAAAGAGGAAGAGCAAAAGCUCGACCCAACGAAAAAAUCUAAACUUGAGGCUGAUGUUGACAAUAGUGACUGUGAACAGGAGAGUUCGUCGGAGGUAAAAGACAGUGGAAAAUAUACAGAUAUUGUGAAUUGUGACUCAGAUGAUUCAAGUGGAGAUGUUGAAGCAUGUGAAAAUGUAAGCAGUGAUUCCAAUGAUGAUAAUCAAGAAAAGGGUACUUCUGAAAAGUCUGAAAAAAAAUCUGAGAUGUCAUUACCAAAAGAAAAGGGAGCAGAUAGUGAAAAAGAAAACAAAAAUAGAUGUCCCUCAGGAGGGGAAGAAAGUGAUCCAGUAAUCAUUGCUUCCCCUGAGAAGGCCCCUGACAAGAAAAAGAUUAAGCAUUCAGAACGCUCGGAUUCAGCAAAUGAUGACAUUGAGAUUAUUGGGGAAUCUAAAGUGAUACAAAUAAAUAACACAAAUAAGACCCAAGUAUCUCAGAAUGUUGUCUUCAUACCUGCUGCUUUGACAGUGUCCACACACAGCAAUAAUAGUCAAGGUUUUACUGCAACCACAGGCAAUCUCAUAGCAACCAACAGUAUUCACAAUCCAGCAUUGGUGCAUAGUCUUGCAGCCUCAACACAGCCUGGUAAAAGUGGAUUCAUGGCAACUGGAAUGCCUAGUUUACCACCUGGCUUUGUUUUUAACUCUGGCAUUCAGGGUCAAGCUCCCCCAGGUGUGUCAUUGCUGACACCUUCUGUUGCCCCGCCCAAACCAAAAUCCAGUUUGGAUCAGAUUGAGCUUAUAAGAUGGGAAAUUCAAAACAGGGUUAACACUCGACCCAAGUAUUUCAAACCAAAUGCAGGAAGUGAGCUAGGGCCACUAGCUAAAUUUUUAUUUGACAUAGGUUCAAAUUUAGUUAAGGAAUCUGUGUACCAUGAAUUAGUGAAGAUUCAAUCAAAAAAUGAUGAUGAGAAACUUACUGAUAAAGAAAGGGAUGACCUUGAAAAGCUUAAAGAAAUUGAAAAGGACCUUUAUGCGUCCAUUGGCCAUCUGAAAUUGAAGCUUAAAAAGCAUUGCAAAGGAUGUAAUUUUCAGACAGAAUCUAAUAAUGUUAUGUAUCUACACAAGCAAUUUCCACAUGAGGACAAUAAAAACUUGCGCUGUGCACACUGCAACUUUGCCACAAGGCAGACGAUGGCUUUUAAGUUUCAUUUGGAAUCAGUUCAUGCAAUCCAACCAAAGCUCCCUGAUAAGAAAGCCUUUUAUGAAUGUGAUAUGUGUCCAUAUGAAAAUAAUCAAGAGCAGAAGCUCAUUUUGCAUAAGCAGCGAUGUAUCAAACAGUUUCGGCCUUUGUUUAAUCUUCACCCUGGUUGCCUUUCUGGAGCAGAAAUAAACUUGUGCCUAGAAAAUAUUUUUUACAAACCUGUUAUUCCUAAGAACUUGAAACUUCUACAGCAAAAACAUGCUCAACAGCAAGCAGCCCUUGCAGAAGCUAGACGACAACAAGCCCAGAUUCAGGCCUUAGCUGCUCAAAAGAAUGCAGCUGCUAUUGCGGCAAGAAAAAUGCAGCAGCAAAAACUACAAACGGCAGCCCUGGCGCAACGCUUCAAUGCACCACCAGGAGGCAGAAUGCCAUUACCAGGAAAGUUGCCAGGGCAGCCACAACCUGUACGUUAUAAUGCUAACACUAAGGGUUCCCGUCCAACUGUUGCUAGUAUGUUGAAUAACAGACCCCCAAAUCCUGGAUCAGCCCCUGCUGGUGCACAAUCAGGGGGGGCACCUAGUGGUUUUGAGGUCUGUGAAAUCUGUAGCGGCUAUGUUAAAGAUCGCAAAGCACUUCGCAUCCAUUUUUUCUAUGCUCAUCGGAUAGAUUUGCCCUUCAAUUUAUUUGAAAGAAUUCAGGCUCCUUUGUAUUGUGCCACAUGCUAUGUUAGAUUUUGGACAGCACAAGGUCUUCGAAAGCAUAUUCAUAAGCAUAUUGAUUCGCAUAAAGAAGAGAAACAAGCACGAGGAGUAGUUGGCAAAUGCAUCUCUUGUGGUCAUCAUGUACUCAAUUUGCUCCUUCACAUGCGAAUAGUACAUAAUAGAGAAAUGCAGCACUAUAUUAAUGCUCUCAUGUGCAUGUUCUGUGGAGGACAUUUCAGUUCUCGUCAAGAGUGUGAGCGACAUAUAUCUAAGGCCCAUGGAAAUGUUGAUCCUCUUACAGGCACACUUAGAUCAAACACUGGUGCACCUAUUGCAGCCCCACCUGCAAAAACAGCAUCAAAUCAAAAGAAGGGUGGAAACAAUAGUUUAGUGAAAGGCAGUGUGUGUGUUCUAUGUAACCUUAACUUUGGCCGGAAUGUGGAUCUCACUCGCCACUGCAUGCGGAUGCACCAUACAUGUAUGAAAUGUGGAAUGGUUGUCAUUGACAAAGCAUCACUUAUGAAACAUACCUGUCUUUCUUCACCCAGUGGUACUCGUGACUGCUGCAUGUGCAAUGAAACUGGUUUCCAUCCUGCAUACUAUGUGAAACACUUAAGGGACAAGCACUUGAGAAAGUUUAGUGUCAAAGUUAGCAAACUUGAUAAAGAUGUAGUUGAACGUUGGACAAAACGUCCAUAUCCAUUCAAAGAUUCCGAGCAGAUUCUUGUUGAGAUAUCUGACUCAGAUGACGAUGGUUCUGCAAAUAAAAUUAAAUCCAGUGUUGCUCCGAAACUCUUUGGGAAAAAACCUAGAAUGGGACCAGCUUGCAAAGUAAAAAAGUACAACGAUAAUUUGGCUAAAGAAUUGGCGAAUAUGAAAAUGAAAAAAGUUGUUGCUGAAAAAAAAGCAGAAAGUGCUGAAGUUUCAGAAUCAGACGGUAGUAAGGACACCAGUGAUGAAGGGGUGAAAAUUGACGAUAAUGAUAAAGUAAAAGAAGAAACGAUUUCAGACAAUGAUAUUGAAGAUGUGUUACCGGUAAUGGACAAGACAAUAAAAAGUACUGAGCUAUUGGACAUUGAUGAUAGUGGUGAAAAAGAAAAUGUUGACAUUAAAAUUGCUUCUGCUAAGGACGUAAGAGAUCUUAAUAAUAAAGUUCACAUUGAUAAUAGUGAAUCUUGUUUAAAUGAUGCUAAAGAUAGUGUCAGUGAUGUUGAAUCCAGAACAUCAAAUGACUUAACUUUGAGCAAUAAAAGAAAACUAGAAAGUGAGAUCUCUGGCUCUGAUAAUGAAUCAGAAGAAGGGGAUUCAAAAUCUCAAAAAAGUAAAAAACUGAAAACGGAAAAAGCUUAAUUAAUGUACUGAAUGUGGAUUUUCAAAACUUCAGACUCAUUCCAAAGUUGGUGUAUAUUUUUUUUUUAGCUUUAGAGAAAUGUGGUUUAAAAAGUACUGGUAGAUUAUUAAAAAAUUUCUCAUUUAUACUUAAAAGUUUUAAUUAAUGAGGCUUUUAGUAUUUUAAAUUUGCCUUUUCAACCAUUUGAUUUGUGUUAAGUGUUUAGAAAUCUCCCCCUUUUUUUUAAAUUUUCAAAUCUAUCAAUUCUUUUAAAUAUUAGCUUUUCAUGUCCUGAAAUUUUUUAUGGCAAAAUACAGUAGAACAGAGUUAUCCAGAUACUUUAAAUAACAGCCUUUUCAAUUAAAUUCCAAGUUUUUAAUUUCUCCAAGUGAUCUCUCCAGGUGCACUGUGGAAAUAUACAAUAGCUGACAAUAUUAAGAAAACACUUACAAUUUUUGGGAUAAAAUAAUCACCUCAUUACCUUUGUUUACCACUAGUAGUUGCGAUAUGAAGUUGACUUGUAAAUUUUCAUACAUUUCUCAGUAUUGUUUAAAAUAGUUCUAUAUUCCCUAUUCUAGAUAACUUAAACUGUUAAACUGAAAAGUUAUAUAUCUUAGUUCAAGGGGUAAAUUGAUUCACAUUAAAAAGUUAUAUAUCUUAGUUCAAGGGGUAAAUUGUUUCACAUUACCCAUACUUUUUUUUGAACACUUUUUAAUAACUAAUUAUACCUAAUUUAAAACUUUGAAAAGAUCUAAGCACCAUAACAAGUGCAACUUUAAAUGUAAUAACACACCAACCUGCAUAAAUUCUUAAGACUUGUGCAACCAUUUUUUGUCUUUUAGGUAUUUAAAAAAAUACUAAGUUUGGGGUACCAGGUGCAGUGUUCUUAUUCACAAGAUGUCUGUCUUAAUCUGAAUGUUUAAUUAGCCUGUUAAAUUGAGUUCUGUGUAAUUCAUGGUCAUUUUUGUUUGAUUGCAGAUUUCAGUAAUUUUGGUACCGGUACUGUACUAAUAAUUUUAAAUUUUUAACUUGGAAGGGGGCUUAAUUUCGAUUUCAAGAUUGCAGUUGUGAACUAACUACACUCAGCUGUUUUUGUAAAAUGUAGAACUGAAAUUUCUUAAUCUUAUACUUGGAAUCAAUUGGUGGUUAAGAUUAAAUCAAAAUUUUAGUCAUAAUUUUUUAAAUUUCUUUUUUAAAUCUGGGAAAUUCUAACAGCAUUUUAUUUCAAAAUUACCAAACUGGAUCAAUUGUAAUUGAAAUACACUCCAUCAUAUAUUAUUUAUUGUGAUAGUGUUUUUACG